AUGGUUGGAGAGCCAGCAGUUGAGGUUACAAAUGACGGUGUUGAUGCUGUAGGGCAUACAAUUGGUACAUAUUUGGAGGUCAUUUCCAACUUAGGAAGGUACCACACCUUUGCUAUGAUCAUGUCAGUCUUGAGGCCCUUAGAGGGAGAGCCAACCGUUGAGGUUACAAAUGAAGGUGUUGAUGCUGCAGGGCAUACAAUUGGUACAUCUUUGGAGGUCGUGUUCAAACUUAGGAAGGUUCUCAACCCCAAGAGUGUGAUCAAACCAACAUCACUAGUUAAAGAUUAUUUUGAGAAUAACAUCUAUCGAAUAAAUUUCAGACGAAAGACUUUGGUAAACUCCUAUAGUUUUUGGGUAUUGAGGUAUUCCAAUCUAAAGAUGAUAAGGUAUUUGCCUGUAAAUGGUCCUUGGCUUAUCGACCAGAUGCCUAGUCGAGCGUAUGUGUCUCAGUUUUCAGCUGAUGGUAGUCUUUUUGUUGCUGGGUUCCAGGGAAAUAUCAUAAAAAUAUACAAUGUGGACAAAGGUUGGAAAGUUCAAAAGAAUAUUCUAACCAAGAGUUUGAGAUGGACAAUCACUGAUACUUCUCUUUCCCCUGAUCAACGCAGUCUUGUUUAUGCCAGCAUGUCGCCCAUUGUACACAUUGUAAAUGUUGGAUCUUCUGAAACUGAGUCACUAGCAAAUGUUACGGAGAUCCACGAUGGUUUGGAUUUUUCAUCAAAUGAUGAUGGAGGAUACUCUUUUGGAAUUUUUUCUGUGAAAUUCUCAACAGAUGGGAGGGAAUUAGUAGCAGGAACUAGUGGUGAUUCUAUACAUGUAUACGAUCUUGAAGCAAACAAGGUUUCACUUCAAAUUUUAGCACACGCGGCUGAUGUAAAUACUGUAUGUUUUGCUGAUGAAACUGGCCAUCUUAUUUACUCUGGAAGUGAUGAUAGUUUCUGCAAGGUCUGCGAUCGGCGUUGCUUAAAUGCUAAAGGCAAGCCAGCAGGGGUUUUGAUGGGGCAUCUUGAGGGCAUUACAUUUAUUGAUACCCGUGGAGAUGGACGCUAUUUCAUUUCUAACGGUAAAGAUCAGACCAUAAAACUUUGGGACUUAUGCAAAAUCUCGUCCAAUGUUACCUGGUAUGUUCUUUUUCCUUUCUAGUAAUCUAUAUUUUGAAGUCCAUAUCUGUUGAAUCUAAAGAAUAUGAUGUGUUUUGACAAAAUGUUCAAUAAAUAAUGGUUACUAGUGUACUUCUGCUAAUGGGAAAGAUUAAAGUAGUGUGGAAAGAUUAAAGUACUAGUAUACUCCAUGUGAGUACAUGUUUCUGAAGGUAAUUGUGUUUGGAAUUUGCAAUCAUCUUACAUCUUAGGGUUCUUUUGGUUCAAAUGAGGGGAGGGGAGAGAUUUUAAUGGAGGAAAUGGGAGGUGGGAGAUUUAUUUUUAAUCAGAUAAAUGUUUGGUUCAAAAGAGGGGAGAGAUU